AUGUUUGCGUUAAAGUCUGCUACUAAGCGUCUCAACAGUAGAGCCUUUUCUACCAACACUGCCGCCAAUGCCACUUCAUUUGCAAAGAAGGCAUUCACUGGUGGUGUUGCCGCCACUGGUUUGGCUGCCUCUUACCUUUUGUACGCUGACGGUCAGACUGCCGAAGCCAUGACCGCUGCUGAACACGGUUUACAUCCUCCAGCUUACGGUUGGUCCCACAACGGCAUGUUCGACACUUUUGACCAUGCUUCUAUCCGUCGUGGUUUCCACGUUUACCGUGAAGUUUGUGCUGCUUGUCACUCUCUUGACAGAGUUGCUUGGAGAACUUUGGUUGGUGUUUCCCACACUAACAGUGAAGUUAAAGAAAUGGCCGAAGCCUUCGAAUAUGACGACGAACCAGAUGACCAAGGUAACCCAAAGAAGAGACCAGGUAAGUUGGCCGAUUACAUUCCAGGUCCAUACGAAAACGAACAAGCUGCCCGUGCUGCCAACCAAGGUGCCCUUCCACCAGAUUUGUCAUUGAUUGUCAAGGCCCGUCACGGUGCUUGCGACUACAUCUUUGCAUUGUUGACUGGUUAUCCAGAUGAACCUCCAGCCGGUGUUGUGUUGCCAGUUGGUGCCAACUACAACCCAUACUUCCCAGGUGGUUCUAUUGCCAUGGGUCGUGUGUUGUUCGAUGACUUGGUUGAAUACGAUGACGGUACCCCAGCUUCCACCGCCCAAAUGGCCAAGGAUGUCACCACUUUCUUGAACUGGGCUGCUGAACCAGAACACGAUGACAGAAAGAAGGACGGUUUGAAGGCCAUCAUUGUUCUUUCCUCUUUGUACUUGAUUUCUGUCUGGGUCAAGAAGUUCAAGUGGGCUCCAAUCAAGAGCAGAAAGAUUGUUUUCAACCCACCAAAGAAAUAA